ACGCAGUCGACUCCUCUCACGUAUCUGGAGUAUCCUGUCAUUCAUACCGCUCUCGUUAACAUCCACGCAAUAUCUCUAUAACCUUACCUGACUCAUUUUCUCUGCCCCUCAUGCCUGGCGCCGAUAAGAAGCCCAAGACCUUGUAUGACAAGGUCCUGGAGCACCACAUUGUCAACGAGCAGGAAGAUGGCACCAUCUUGCUGUACAUUGAUAGACAUCUGGUUCACGAAGUGACCUCCCCGCAAGCCUUCGAGGGUCUCAAGAACGCCAGUCGCAAGGUCCGCCGGCCGGACUGCACUUUGGUCACCGUUGAUCACAACAUCCCCACCUCCUCCAGGAAAAACUUCAAGAAUGUCAACGAGUUCAUCGAAGAGAACGACUCCCGCCUCCAAUGCGCCACCCUCGAGGAGAACGUGAAGGAUUUCGGUCUCACAUACUUUGGAAUGGGCGAUAAGCGCCAGGGUAUCGUCCACAUCAUCGGCCCCGAGCAGGGUUUCACCCUGCCCGGAACGACGGUCGUGUGCGGUGACAGCCACACCUCGACCCAUGGUGCUUUCGGUUCCCUGGCCUUCGGCAUCGGUACCAGUGAGGUCGAGCACGUCCUCGCGACCCAGACCCUGAUCACCCGCCGAAGCAAGAACAUGCGCAUCCAGGUCGACGGUGAACUGCCCGCCGGUGUCACUAGCAAGGAUGUCGUCCUGCACAUCAUCGGUGUGAUUGGAACUGCGGGUGGCACGGGAGCCGUGAUUGAGUUCUGCGGCUCUGUCAUCCGCGGCCUCAGCAUGGAAGCCCGGAUGUCCAUGUGCAAUAUGUCUAUCGAGGCGGGUGCGCGUGCUGGCAUGAUCGCACCGGAUGAGAUCACCUUCGAGUACCUUAAGGGCCGCCCCCUGGCCCCCAAGGUCGACAGCGCGGAGUGGAAGAAGGCUGUCAACCACUGGAACAGCCUGGCAUCUGACGAAGGUGCUCACUACGACACCAACGUUCUGCUCAAGGGUGAAGACAUCAUCCCUACCAUCUCCUGGGGUACCUCCCCUCAGGAUGUCAUCCCCAUCGCUGGCGUGGUUCCCGGUCCCGACGACUUCGAGGACGAGAACCGCAAGCUCGCCUGCAAGCGCGCCCUCGAGUACAUGGGUCUGACGGCCGGCACGCCCAUGAAGGAUAUCCAGGUUGACAAGGUUUUCAUCGGGUCCUGCACCAACGCCCGUAUUGAAGAUCUGCGCGCCGCCUCCAAGGUCGUCAAGGGCAAGAAGAUCGCCGCCAACAUCAAGCGCGCUAUGAUCGUCCCUGGUUCCGGCCUGGUCAAGCAGCAGGCCGAGUCCGAGGGCCUCGACAAGAUCUUCGUCGACUCCGGAUUCGAGUGGAGAGAGGCUGGCUGCUCCAUGUGUCUGGGUAUGAACCCCGACAUCCUCUCGCCGCAGGAGCGCUGCGCCAGUACCUCCAACCGCAACUUCGAAGGCCGCCAAGGUGCCGGAGGUCGUACCCACCUGAUGUCCCCCGCCAUGGCCGCGACGGCCGCCAUCGUCGGCAAGCUUGCCGACGUCCGCGAGCACAUCUCCACCAGCCCCGUCCUGGCCAAGGUCGAACCCAAGUUCGACGUCCAGCCCGAAACCGAGGACGUCGAAACCGAAGACGAGCUGGACCGCGUCCUGGACCAGCCCGCCGACAACGAGCCCCACACCAACACCACCGGCGCCCCCGCCGGCACCAGCGCCGGACUGCCCAAGUUCACCGUCCUCAAGGGCAUCGCCGCCCCCAUGGACCGCUCCAACGUCGACACCGACGCCAUCAUCCCCAAGCAAUUCCUCAAGACCAUCAAGCGCACCGGUCUCGGCAGCGCCCUCUUCUACGAACUCCGCUACAAGGACGGCGCCGAAGACCCCGACUUCAUCCUCAACCAAGGCGUCUACCGCGACUCGAAGAUCCUCGUCGUCACAGGCCCCAACUUCGGCUGCGGCAGCUCGCGCGAGCACGCCCCCUGGGCCCUCCUCGACUUCGGCAUCAAGUGCAUCAUCGCGCCCUCCUUCGCAGACAUCUUCUUCAACAACACCUUCAAGAACGGCAUGCUGCCCAUCGUCAUCCCCGACGAGGCCGUCCUGCGCUCCAUCGCCGACGAAGCCCGCGCCGGCCGCGAAAUCGAAGUCGACCUCGUCAACCAGGAGAUCAAGGACGCCCAGGGCACCAAGCUCGCCUCCUUCGACGUCGAGGUCUUCCGCAAGCACUGCCUCGUCAACGGCCUCGACGACAUCGGCCUCACCCUCCAGAUGGAGAGCAAGAUCCGCUCCUUCGAGAUCCAGCGCACCCUCGAGACCCCCUGGCUCGACGGCUCGGCCUACCUCAAGCGUGGCACCCGCGGCGGCGCAAACAUGGUCCAGGCUGCUCCUGUCCCCAAGACCAACCGCGGAGACGUCAAGGACGAGCCUCUGGAGUGGUAAACAACUGGAUACUCACUCCACUGAUACGACCGCCAUGCUGUAGUUCUUGAUUUAUUUCUUUAUGUUUUUUUUCCCCUUUAACUCUUUUUUCUUUCCUACUCGUUUUGGGUUAGCUUCAGGAUUAGACACGGAUGAUAGUCAGUCUUGUUUUUACUGCAUCUCAUAAACGAGGACGCAUUGGGAUGGUUCCGGGUUUAAACCUUGGUUAUUACUUUUUUUAUUUUCGCAUAAACCUUCCUUAGUUGCCAUAUACCUGAGGGCUCG